UUCUUUUUGAUGUCUUGAAACAUAGCAGUAUAUUUUUUAAUUUACAAUAUAUGCUGGAACAUUCUUUUUCGUUUGUUGUCCCCUAAUGGAGGAUCUAUCAGAUGUUGAGCUAAUAACAACAUAUAACGAUCAACGUGUAUCAUCUUAACCAUAAAACCGAAAUGCGAGCACUUCAAAAGCUAUCGCAAAUAGUUUUCCAAAAUCUUUAAUGUUCAAACUAUUGUAAUAGAAUAAUUUACAAUGGUAUUAGAAAUAUUUCAUCUUUGGCGUUGAGCUGGCAGCCCCCUGCAUUUCUAAUUGGUGGCUGCUGAAUUCUGAUUGAAAAUGGAUUCAGCACAUUUGAAAACAAUCGGCCGCAACUGUAUUCAAUUUCAACUUAAAAAGAAGCUUCUAAAUAAAUUUGUAAUUUUUGCGUAUUUUUACGUAUUUUCUAAACUAUAUUAAAUAAAAUGAGUAUCUCGUUACAGGAAUCCAAACCCGCAAGCACAUCCAAUCCCCAAUACCGAAGAUCCUCACGUCGCAACCGUCCUGAAGAUUUGGAGGAAGAAAUAGAGAUGAUAAUGUCCCAAGACGACGUUAGCGAUAUAGAAAUGGAUAUUGCGAAGGAAAAUGUAACUACGUUAACACCACAGUCAAACAAACAUAUUGAACAAAUUGUAUCGCCCGGCGAAUUAAAAACUAAUGCUUUGGCGCAUACUCCUAGACGUAGUACUCGCAAAAGCGUUAAACCCGUCCAAGAAUAUGAAGACAUUGUAACUUGUAAACGUCAACUGAGAUCGACAUUAAAGGUGGAAGAGAAAAUUAACGAAAAGGACGGGGAGGAAAAUAAUACGGAAGAGCCGCAACCAAGAUGGACACCCGCAAAGGUGGGUCGUGUGUCACACAAGCGAGGUCGAAAGAGCCGUAAAACUAUUGGAGAUAAAAAUAAACCGAAGUUGAUAAAUUCCAACGAAAAUGGAGAUCGUAUGAAAUCAAAUAAAGAAGAAGAUUUACAAAAUGAUGAAGUCAUUCAAUCAAAAGACGAAAAUAUUAAUGAGACAGAUAUUCAGGAGGAAAUUUUCAGUAAUGUUGGAGAAAGCGAUUUGACAAAAAUUGCUAAUAUGGUAGAAACUGAAAAAGAAGCUAUUACAUAUAAGGAAGAGAAAUACAUUAAAAAAAUAAAUGAAACUGAAAAAGGAUCAAUUAAAAAUAAGGAAGAAAAAGGAUCAAUUAAAAAUAAGGAAGAAAAAGACAUUAAUAAUAUUCAUCUUACAAAAUCUGAAGUUGAAGAUGUUACAAACGAGAAAGAAUGUAAUGAGCAAGUCAUUACUGUAGAUAUAAAUGAAGAUAUUCUAAAACGGGAAGAACAUGAUGAGGGAGUCGCAAUUAAUAUAGAAGAUAACGCUAAUGAAAGUAGUACCAAUAAUGAAGUGAACGGGAGAGAAGAUAUCGUUGCGGAAGAAAGUAUUUUUCAAGAAAAAUUAGAAGGGGGUACAAUAGAAGUUAGAGAAAAAAAAAGUCAAGAUAACUUUGGCACCUAUUUGAAAAAUAAAAACUUGAAUAUUUCCGAUUUGGGACUUAAUCCAUUAACAGAGGAAAGCGCUUUAAAUGAAGAUUUGCAACUGCUUGGAGAAAAAGAUUGCAAAAUAUCUAAAAUUGAAAAAAGUUCCAACGCAGAUAUCCAAGUUGUUACAAUCAAUGAUGAUAGCGAUUGCAUUAUGAUAAAUACAGAUGUAGCAGAAGAUGAAGAAGAAGAAGAAAUGCAGCCGUUGCAACUUUCUGAUGAUGACAGUUCUAUGUCGCCACCACGUAAAACACCUCGCAUUAUUCUGACCACCGAUGAGGGAAUAGACCAGAAAUUAAAUGUAACAAUUACUCAAAAUGAUAGUUCUACGCCGAAAAGAUACUCGAAGACUGCAAAGCGUAUGCCAACACCAUACAAGAAAAUUACUGAUAUUUCAAUAAAAGAAAAUAACAUCGACGAAAAUUGGAAUGCCGACGAACCACCUAUUACCAUAGAAAUUUCCAGUAUGGAACCAAAAGAACUUGUUUUGCGUAGCAUAAGGAAACGUUCAUUUUCUGUGUGCAUUGGAGGCGCUGAAGCAGAUAUUAAGCGCAAGAAUGUUACAUUUUAUAGCCCUGCUAAUCAGACUGUAAUUUUGGAAGAUGUUGACGUACGUAUGAUACAGAGUGUAAAGAAAAAUAUUGGCUUAAAAACGGCAACUACCGAAACUUUUAUAACCCACCGCCGUAAACGUUCUUUGUCCUUUGAUGAGGCAAUGAUAAAUAAAUCAAAAUGUCGAACACAAACUCCAAAUAAAAUGGGUGUGACUCCACAAAAGGCCAAAACAACGCGUACCAAAUUACCAAAUUUCGCAGCUAUUCAUCAGAAAAAUUUCGAAAAAAUGGAAAGUUUAGUCGAUCAUGUGAAUCGUAAGGCAGAACGCGCUAAACUACUUACGAAUUCGGCAUCAAAGGAUCGUGUUGCGAGUGCACAAAAGCCAGUAAAAACCCAUCAAGCCAGUACCACGGCUACGAAUCUGGACAAAUCUAAAGCAGUGAAACGUAUUAACUUGCACACAUCAGUAAACUCGACAUUCUCAGGAAUUAAUAACACAACUAUGAAUAAAACAUUUGACACAUCACACAAAGAACAUCACGAUUCUAAGUUGCCUAUACCACGUAUUGGUGUAUGCAAGCCCUUGGUUGCAACUGAAACAACGCAUAAGGAAAACCGUGAAGUAAAACUACCAAAUCCACGCUUGGGUGUCAUUAAGCCGCACACCAUAACCGUUGUCAACAACAAAAAUAAACAAAUGACACCGGCCAAGAAUGCGCUGAAACCGACACAGCAACGACAGGCCGCGCGACCUCUUUUCAACCUAUCAACAGCACUCGAAACGCUUGCCAAAAAUUCAAAAUCGGCAAAUACAACUGCCGCGGUGCCAAAACCAAGCGCCACCAACACAAACGCAAAAGUCGCGCCAACAAUGUCAGUUGAUGAGAAAAUGGCUUCGCGACGUCAACGUCACAUGGAUAUGUUCAAGGGGCGCUCUGCGAACUCGCGCACCACUCCUGUCACGGCUGAAAAGAAAUUCGGCCAACUUAUUAGAGGCGUGCGUUCAAAUCGUCGCUUUGAACUACAAAUGGCGCAUCGCCAGAACAUGGAACAUUGAAGCAACAAACAGAAAGAUAUAUAUCUUUUUUAUUUACUUAUACUGGUUUUCUUAGUUCUAUAUAUUGUUUAGUGUAUAUUUCUCGGGCUCAUUAGCCAAUUUCUGCGUGAAAUAUAAAAAAAUAUAUAUAUUUGACAUAUUUGGAGUCAAAAUAAUUUGCAUUAAA